AAUAAUCCGAACCCAGCACAAACCAGUGACUGAAAAAGACCUUAAUGGCGUCCACAAAUGACACCAAACCUCCAAUUCACGAUUCCGCCGCCGACAACCUCAACGGUCAUGAGACUGAAGGGACUUGUUCAAUAGAGGAAGUCCGACUGGUGGUGCCGGAAACCGAUGAUCCGUCUCUACCGGUUAUGACUUUCCGGACAUGGUUUCUAGGCCUUUUAUCGUGUAUAAUCUUGAUUUUUCUCAAUACUUUCUUUAUCUUUCGUACUCAACCCCUCACCAUUUCGGCAAUCCUGAUGCAAAUCGUUGUCCUACCUAUUGGGAAAUUCAUGGCCAAUACACUUCCCACAAGACGAUUCACGGUUUUGGGAUGGAAUUUUACAUUGAAUCCAGGUCCGUUUAAUAUGAAGGAACAUGUUGUCAUCACUGUGAUGGCGAAUUGCGGCGUUUCGUUUGGUGGGGGUGAUGCUUAUUCAAUCGGAGCUAUUACUAUUAUGAAAGCUUUUUAUAAACAAAACCUUACCUUUAUGUGUGCACUUGUUAUGGUCUUGACUACUAACUUGGUGGGUUAUGGAUGGGCUGGGAUUUUUAGGAGGUAUUUGGUUGAUCCAGUUGAAAUGUGGUGGCCUUCAAAUCUUGCUCAGGUUUCAUUGUUCAGAGCACUUCACGAGAAGGAGAUUAAAGGAACAGGAUGGAGUAGAAUGCGAUUCUUCCUCGUUUUCAUGGGUGCUAGCUUUGCUUAUUACGCAUUACCUGGUUACCUUUUCCCAAUUUUGUCUUUCUUUUCAUGGGUAUGUUGGGUGUUUCCUCGUAGUAUCACAGCCCAACAAAUCGGCUCUGGUGCACAGGGGUUAGGCCUCGGCGCCUUCACUCUUGACUGGGCUGGAAUCUCAGCUUACCAUGGAAGUCCUUUGGUUACACCUUUUACAUCCCUUCUCAAUGUUGCUGUCGGUUUCAUCAUGUUCAUUUACAUUAUUCUUCCUGUUUGUUACUGGAAGUUUAACACUUUCGACGCUAGAAAAUUCCCCAUUUUCUCAAACAAGUUGUUCACCUCCGAAGGACAUAAGUAUGACACAACCAAGAUCUUGACACCCAAUUUCGAUCUUAACAUUCCUGCCUACAAUAGCUACGGGAAACUCUAUCUUAGCCCGCUUUUCGCACUUUCAAUUGGGUCUGGUUUUCUCAGAUUCACAUCAACUAUUACUCAUGUCGCUCUAUUCAACGGAAGUGAUAUAUGGAAGCAAAGCAAGUCGGCGAUUAAGAACGCGAAGCUGGAUGUUCAUGCGAAGCUGAUGAGAAAUUAUAAACAAGUUCCUGAAUGGUGGUUUCUGAUCUUAUUAGGAGGGAGUAUAGCUCUAUCCAUAAUGAUGUCUUUUGUUUGGGCAGACGUUGUACAGCUUCGUUGGUGGGGAAUGUUGUUUGCGUUCGCGUUGGCGUUAGUUGUCACUCUUCCGAUCGGUGUUAUUCAAGCCACGACGAAUCAACAACCAGGAUAUGACAUCAUAGCCCAGUUCAUUUUCGGUUAUAUGCUUCCUGGAAAACCAAUAGCCAAUUUGGUUUUUAAGAUUUACGGUCGAAUCAGCACCCUUCACGCCCUGUCUUUCUUAGCCGAUCUCAAACUAGGCCAUUACAUGAAAAUCCCGCCCCGCUCUAUGUACACCGCUCAGCUCGUGGGAACUCUGGUUUCAGGCUUUGUAAACCUUGCGGUUUGUUGGUGGAUGUUAGGAAAUAUUGAGAAUCUCUGCGACAUCGAAGCACUCGACCCAAAUAGCCCUUGGACGUGCCCGAAAUUCAAAGUGACGUUCGAUGCUUCGGUUAUAUGGGGUUUAAUCGGUCCGAAAAGGUUAUUCGGACCAGGUGGGCUUUACAGGAACUUGGUUUGGCUAUUCCUAAUUGGAGCCGUCUUACCUGUUCCAGUCUGGAUACUUAGCAAGAUCUACCCGGAGAAGAAAUGGAUCCCUCUUAUCAACAUUCCCGUUAUAUCUUACGGUUUUGCAGGAAUGCCGCCGGCCACUCCGACAAAUAUCGCUAGCUGGCUCGUGACAGGAACCAUAUUCAACUAUUUCGUGUUCAAAUACAGGAAAGGAUGGUGGCAGAAGUAUAAUUACGUCCUGUCUGCCGCAUUGGACGCUGGAACCGCGUUUAUGGGCGUUUUGAUAUUCGUGGUUCUGCAGAACGAAAACCGACACCUGAAUUGGUGGGGGUCGGAAGUAGAUCAUUGCCCGUUAGCAGCGUGUCCAACGGCUCCAGGGAUUGUUGUGAAAAACUGCCCUGUUUUCUAAUUGCCUAACUUGUUUUCAGAUUAGUUCCCUUUUUAAUGGUGUUUAGAUAUUGUAAUUGUGUAAUUGUUUCCUGUUUUCUUUAAUCAUUGAGAAUACAAGCCAUGUUUUUGA